AUGGAAUUGAAGAACAUGGUUACUCUUGUUUCUCGUACAGGCAGGCAUCUCCAGCGUUACAAUUUUCAUGGCCAUCGCCAAGUUGUCGGAUGUAUUCCAUAUAGAUAUAAAGGUAUUAAUGGGAAAUCUGUAGUCGAUGAGGAUGCAAUUGAAGUUCUUGUUAUUAGUUCCCAGAGAAAAGGCAAAGGGAUGUUGUUUCCAAAGGGAGGUUGGGAGAAAGAUGAGUCCAUUCAAGAAGCCGCAUUGCGUGAAACAGUAGAGGAAGCCGGUGUACUAGGCGAUGUUGAGUCUGAAUUGGGUAAAUGGAGUUUUAAAAGUAAAAACAAUGGCAACUGUUACGAGGGACGUAUGUUUCCAUUACUUGUCAAAGAGCAGCUAGAGUUUUGGCCAGAGAAAGAUGUACGCCAAAGAAAAUGGGUGAGUGUAAGAGAAGCUAGGAAAGUUUGCCAUUAUUGGUGGAUGAAGGAAGCCUUGGAAUUAUUAGUGAGUCGCCUCACAGCACAAGGUCACGGUGUUGUUGACGCUAAAAUUGAAAGCUGCUUGAGCCAGGAAGGAAGUAUAACUCGUAGUAGCAAAAUUUUGAAGGUUUUCUAA